GACUGGCGAAGCUCUCGCCUUCCGCCGUCCCAAUUGAACCAUACCGGUGAUCACGCCUCUGCGGAGCGCGGGCACGACGCUGCGCUCGGGCUUCCGUUUCACGAUGCAACGCCUCCCUCCGCGUGCCCCUCAAGCCUGCACCCCCGCGUGCUGCCGACAUGCUCUCUUGCAGCCCUCAUGUGCGUCCCCGACACGCUCUCAUGUGCGCCGCCGCCGGGCGAUAAGCCACCAGCAACGUGCGCGUGGGCCCCGCGCACGCGGUCACGCCGACAGCGACCACCGCGAAGGUAUAUAACCCCCACCUGACGACGUCGAAGUUCAGCGCUCUCCCCGCACUCGCCCUCGCUCGGCCUUGUCCUUCCCUCGACUCGUUCUUCGUCAUGCUCGCUGCCACCCUCCUCUCCCUCGCCGCGGUCGCGUCCGCUGCCGUCGUGCACCAGCGCGCGUAUCCCUCGGGCGACGUCACCUGCGGCAGCAACACCUACUCGGUCGACGAGGUGAAGGCCGCCGUGCAGAACGGCGUCGACCACUUGGACAACCCGAUCGGCGACAACUCGUACCCGCAUGCUUUUCACAACUACGAGGGCCUGGACUUGUACUGCAGCGGCGACUCGGACUACAGCGAGUUCCCCAUCCUGAAGUCGGGCGACUAUGAUGGCGACUCGCCUGGCGCGGACCGCGUCAUCUUCGCCGACAACGGUGACUACUGCGCCGUUGUCACCCACACCGGCGCCUCCGGCAACAACUUCGUCUCCUGCGAGGGCGACUAAAGGUUGUGCGAGAGGCCAAGUUAUGACUAUUCGGGACAUCGGGAUGCCCCUCAUGACAAUGUUGUAU